CAGUAACUAGAGAGAUCACCAAACCCCAGAGCGACACAUCCCCACAGCACUAGGGUUUCUGUCCAGCGACGCGAAUCGAAUCAAGAGGGGGGGGCCUCCAUGGCGUCGCGGCCGUCGCUGAAGCCGAAGCCGAAGGGCAAGGGCGCGAGGAAGGGGUCUCCGGCGGGCGACGAGGAGCAGUCUACGGCGGCGGCGGCGAUGCAGUUCGUCAAGGUGUGGACCACUUGGACCAUGAAGAAGACCAAGGUGGCGGCGCACUACGGCUUCAUCCCGCUCAUCAUCGUCAUCGGCAUGAGAUCCGAGCCGAGGCCCUCCCUCGCCCAGCUCCUCACCCCCGUCUGAUCUGGGAUCGCCUUCAAGUCCUAGAUGCGAUCGAUCCAUCUGCCCUGCCCUCUUUACUAGCAUCACAGUACUCCCCAUCACUUUAGUAGUAUAAUAACUAGUAUUAGUUAUUUCUUAGAUCGGGCUGUCUGAGCUGUUUGAUGCUUCUCUGUGGAUCUAGAGGCUUUUUUUUUCUAUGUGAUUCUAAUAAUGUUUUACGGGUGGAUGCCUCUUUGAACCAACUUUUGUUAUCAAUGUGCGGCUAUAUGGAUCUGGUAUUAAUACAAUACUUUGGUAUGGAGAAA